AUGAUCCUGGCGCUCCUGGCCUAUCUGAUAAGAGAUUGGCGAUGGCUGUUAUUGACCACCUCUGCCCCCUGCCUGAUUGGUAUCGCAACGUGGUGGUGGGUCCCAGAAUCUGCACGCUGGCUUCUGACCAAACAAGAUGCUAUCGGAGCUCACAGAUACCUGUCCCAAUGUGCAGAGAUGAACGGAAGACCAAACUUCAAGACAAACAUCUCUCCAGAGGUCCUUCAAAAGACGGUGAUGGUGACGGAGAGUCAGAAAUACACUUUCUGGGAUCUGGUGAGGACAGAGCAGUUGCGGAAGAACACGCUGUGUCUGGGGAUCAUGUGGUUCGGUGUGGCGUUCAGCUAUUACGGGAUCAGUUUCCAUGUCACUGGAUUCGGGCAGAGUCCGUUCCUCACACAUUUCAUAUUUGGGGCAAUUGAGCUUCCGGCCAAACUUGGCCUUUAUCUGCUGCUGGAUCGAAUUGGACGUAAGAUGUGCCAAGGAGGAUCGCUGAUCAUCACCGCUGCUUGUAUCGCCCUCACCUGCCUCAUCCCUAUAGAUUCAGGUAAUUGGCAAACCCUGGUGGCCACCCUGGGAAAAGGGUUCUCAGAAGCUGCGUUUACCACCGCGUUCCUCUUUACCGCCGAACUCUACCCAACCGUCAUCAGGCAGACCGGCCUUGGGUUCUGCUCCUUCAUGACCCGCCUGGGAAGCUCUCUGGCCCCUCUGGUCAUUCUUCUGGAAGAUAAUUGGCUCUUCCUUCCCCCCGUGGUGUUCAGCCUUAUGUCCCUGGUGUCUGGUAUAGCGGCUUUCCUCCUAACAGAGACCUCUCACCUCCAGCUGCCGGAGACCAUCCAGGACGUAGAGCUGCACAGGUAA